GGGGUUAUAAAACCUUCUCCGCUGACCAGGAGGAGAAGGCAGCCGGCUCCUGGUUCAGCACUAUGGCCAGCUCCAAGCUCCCCAUCCUCUGCAUAGGGUGCUCCGUCCUCUUGCUUUUGGGGGCCAGAGAAGAGGCGGUGGGACUCCGGGGGGCUGGUGUGGGUGCCGAGGAGAGCCAGGAGGAAAAGGAGAUGAUUGGAGCCCUGAAAGAGGUUCUGGAAAAGCUGAAGAACCACCAGCUGCCGUCCAUCGAGAAAAAGCUGGGCUGGGUGCCCUCCUGUGAUGCCGGGGAGUCCUGUGCCAUCCGGAAAGGGGCACGCAUUGGCCGGCUGUGCAGCUGCCCUUGGGGGACAUCGUGCAACCUGCACAUCCUGAAGUGCUUGUGACGAAGAGGAAAUGGAACGGGGG